GUCGCAGCCGCUUCUAUGAGGCCCCCUUUCACCUCGCCGGCUGCGCCGCUGCGGGAUGUUUGUGUGGAGCUGCCGCCGCUGAGGCUGCCGGGGCCCGAAGGGGCUCCAGGGCCGGGAAUGGGGACCGGCGCCGGGGUCAACGGUGGAGGGAACGCCUUUUUACCCGAGCGGCUGCGGCUCCCCGUUUGCUGCUUGGGCGUUUUCGUGUGUUACUUCUGGUACGGCGUCCUGCAAGAGUCAAUAACAAGAGGCAAAUAUGGGGAAGGAGCGAAGCAGGAGAAGUUCCGCUACGCCUUGUCUCUGGUCUUUAUUCAGUGUGUGAUCAAUGCCAUUUUUGCCAAGCUACUGAUCCAGUUUUUCGAGACCGUCAAGGUGGAUAGGACGCGGAACUGGCUGUAUGGCGCUUGUUCUCUCUCUUACCUGGGAGCCAUGGUUUCCAGCAAUUCAGCCUUGCAGUUUGUCAACUAUCCAACACAGGUCCUUGGGAAGUCCUGUAAACCAAUCCCAGUCAUGCUUCUCGGGGUGACAGUUUUGAGGAAGAAAUACCCGGUGUCCAAAUACCUGUGUGUCUUACUGAUAGUCACGGGCGUGGCUCUUUUCAUGUACAAGCCGAAGAAGGGAGGCAGCGUUGUGGACGAGCAUCUCUUCGGGUAUGGUGAGCUCCUGCUGUUGCUGUCUUUAACAUUGGACGGACUGACCGGAGUGUCUCAAGACCACAUGAGAGCGCACUACCAGACCGGUUCCAAUCAAAUGAUGCUGAAUGUCAAUCUGUGGUCCACGUUGUUCCUAGGAGCCGGCAUCGUAUUCACAGGAGAGCUUUGGGAGUUCUUGAGCUUCACAGAACGGUAUCCUAACAUCAUAUACAACAUCCUUCUCUUUGGCCUUACAAGUGCUCUGGGCCAGAGUUUCAUCUUCAUGACUGUGGUCUCUUUCGGACCCCUGACCUGCUCGAUCGUCACCACCACCCGCAAGUUCUUCACUAUCUUGGCCUCGGUCAUUUUAUUUGCCAAUCCGAUUACCAACUUGCAGUGGGUGGGCACCAUCCUGGUAUUCUUGGGACUUGGACUGGAUGCCAAAUUUGGAAAGGCUUCUAAGAAAACCUCGCAUUAAGAAGCCCGUCGGGUCACUCUGUCCAGAACCUACAGCAUAACAAACUGUUAACUUAUUGUCUUACUCCUCUUUCACCAUUGUUGCAACGGACUCAGGAUGAGUGCUUGGGGAAAGGGGAUGCGAAUGUGUGUGUUUUUUUGUUUCUUGCUUUUUAAAUCCCAGACUGUUUUUUUAAAAAAAAUAUUUCAAAGUUGUUGGUUUAAUUACAAUCAAGGAGGUGAUUUUCUUUUGGCCACAGGCGCUGCCUACUCUGCAUCCCCUGGAAUCGGAGUUGGGGUUGGAGGGUGGCAGCAACGAGAAGAAAUUCUGAACAGGAUGGGACGAACGCUUUAAAAGAAAUAAAAAGAGGAGAAUGAGA